CUCUCUCUCUCUCUCUGCCUCUCGCCCGCCUCCUGCGCCCGCCAGCCCGUCGUGCGCACGCCCCUCCCUCCUCUGCCAGCCCCCCGCGCCGGCCUGCCCAAUCGUGCGCGCCCACCUUGCCGGGUCCCUCUCAGCCAGGACUCGGGGUAGCUCUUCUGCCGCUCGGUCCGGCCCCGAAGCCGUCCUCCCGCCUCGCCUGUCGCCCCCCCCGCCGGCGUCGCCCCCCCUCGGGCUGGACUUCGGCUGCGCCACCCCCCGGCUAUCGGAUACCGACGGUUGCGACAUCGACCUCGAGGAGGAGCCCCACCCGGUUGAACUCCACCUCGGCAGCGCCAUGGACUCGUCGACCGAAGACGCGGUCGCCCGGUCGAUGGACCUCGUCUUCGAGGCCAUCGCCACUCUGCAUUCGGUGGGCUCCGGGUCGAAGGUCACCUCGGCCGACCGGCGCGCGGCUGACCGCUGGCUAAAUGCCUUCCAGUAUGAGCCGGUGGCCUGGGUGGUUGCCGACCGCCUGCUGCAGGCCGAGGGGGCCUCCACCGAGGUCCGGUACUAUGGGGCCCAGACGCUUGUCCGCAAGAUUUGCUCAAGCCUCCAUGAGCUGGGCCCCGAGUCUCGUGCCCAGCUUCGAAGCUCCCUGACCAACCACCUGCUGUCGGUUUCCUUCGGCCCCACAAUCCUCCGGACGCGCCUCUGCAUCGGCAUGGCCAGCCUGAUGCUCCAGUCAACCGAGUGGCCAGACCCGGUGGCGGCCCUGUCGCACACGUUCUUCGGACAGACUGGCGUCCAGUCGGCCCUCGGGGUCCUGCAAAACGCCGCGGCACACACGCUCGAGGACGUGCACAAGGCCCAUGUGGCCGUGUGCCUGUGGCUGGAGCUGCUCAGCAUCCUGCCGGAGGAAUUGGACAACCGGCAGAUCCCGGUGGACCCGUCUCGGCGGCGGGCCUUCGCCGAAAACUACCUGGCCGGGGAGAUCCCCAACCUGCUGGGGCUUUGCUCGGCCCUGGUGCAGGAGUGUGCCCAGGCGCCGGCCGGGCAGGCGGCCCCGACGCCCGAGGCGGUCACUCGGUCCAAGAUGGCCCUCCAGUGUCUGUCGCAGUGGAUCCACUCGUCGCUGCUGUCCCUGCCGCAGAUCAUGGACCUGAAGUUGAUUGAGUUCGCGUUCAAUAUCCUCCACCAGGAGCCCCUCUUCGACGUGUGUGUCGCCAUGAUCUGCGACUUCUUCAGCCUGGUCGGCGACCCGGACCUGGAGGAGCUCACCUGGGAGUACCAUGCGCAGCUGCUGGCGGUCUUCUAUCCGCUGGUCCUGCAGCUGGGCCCGCGGGCUGGUCAGGCCUUGGGUCUGCCAACCGGCUACCGGCCCGAGGUCCCGAUCCCGGCGCUGCUCGAGGCGGCCGAUCCCCAGGCGGCCGACGGCUUCUGCCGGAUUGUGUCGAGUUUCAUGGAGCUCGCCAUCAAGUAUCCCAAGCACGAGCAGUUCACCCCCCUGGCCGGCAUGUACUUUGGAUUCCUGCUGACCGACGAGCCGGACAUCACCCUGCGCGCCAGUGACUUCUGGAUUGACGUGGUGGCGGCGGAUCCGGCCACGCAGGCCCUUCCCCUGCUGUCCACGUGCCUGCUGCAUUUCCAGUACCCGGCCGAUGGGGACAUGGGGUCCGACCCGUGGAGCACCUCGCGGCAGGAGGAAUUCAGCGAGUACCGGCACCGGGUAGCUCAGAUCCUCCAGUCGCUGGACCAGGAGGUGGAGCUGUUCGACCAAUGUGUCGGGCACUUGGCGGGUCUGCUGGCGGCGACGGGGCCCGGGGCCGGGGCCGGCCUCGCACCCGGCCCUGGCCCCGCGGCCACCUGGCAGCAGGUGGAGGCGGUUCUUUUCGCCCUGCGAGUGCUUCCCCUGUCGGCGACGGCGGCCCGGGGCCCGGGGCUGGUGCACCUGUUCCAGCUGCUGUUGCUGCAGCCGAGCGACAGCCCGGCCGGGGCGCUGCUUGACCACCCAAACAUCCGGUAUACCGUGCAGCUGGUCCUCAGCGCGGUGGUGCCGCGGCUCUGGGGCGAGGCCCCGAGCUCGAGCAACGAGGCGAUCCUCAACCGGACGCUGGACUACCUGAUGCACAGCCUGCGGGCCUCGGCCGCCGGGGGGACCUUCCAGCACCCGGCCAUGACCCCGGGGCAGGUGCUGGCCUCGGCCACCAGCUCCCUGGUGAAGCUGUCCCCCGGGCCGACGGCCUACUUCCUGUCCAGCAUGCUGCCUUUCGUCGAAACCGGCGAGCUGGAUCGUGUUCAGUUCAGCAGCCCCAUGCAGUAUCUGGAGUUCCUCCAGGCCACCGCCAUCGUGGUGGCUCGGCACACGGACGCAGGUCAGAUCCCGGAGCUGGUACGACGCCUGUGCGCGCCGACCCUCCGGAGACUGGAGACCGCCGUGCGUGAAUCCCCCUCACUGGACCAAGCGUCCCGGGAGCUGGUCACGCAGUUCGACCGACUGGCAGUCAUUUUCGAGGAGCUCCACCAGCCGCUGGGCCUGGCCGCCGGGGAUCUGCACAUGGGGGCCGACAUGCUGGCGGACCCGGCCAUCCGACGGGCGGUCUUCCAGCUGCUGGCCGGCGUGACGGAUCCGGCGGUGCUGGCGGCGGCCGGCGGGCUGGCCUCGGUGGCCGAGCUCUGCCGGCACCUGUUCACCGAGGGCACCCUGGCCAGCGCGGCCGGGCAUCCACUGAUCCCGGCCCUGAAUGACGUGUGGCCCGUGGUGGAGGCGGUCCUGCAGUCGCACCGGGCCGGCGCGCCGCCGACGACGACGACCGGCAGCGGCUCCGGCCCGGCCGACCCGGCGGCCGGCACCAGCAGCGAUGUCAUUGAGCUCAUCUGUCGGAUGCUCCGGUCGGCCAUUGUCUCCUGCGGUGGAGGGGGCUUCGCGCCGGUCUUCCCCCGGGCCCUGUACCUGUUGUACUCCGGCUUCCAGGCGACCACGCACUCGUCCUUCCUGUAUGCCAUCAAGCAGCUGGCCCGGGUGUAUGCCACGCACCAUGCGGCCCGGGCCCUGCUCUUUGAGGGGUUCUCCCAUGCCACGCACCUGGUCAUGGGGGCCUUCUCCGGGCCGCUGGCCUUCGCGGCCGACGGGUCGACCGACCAGCGCCCGGCCGCCGCGGCCGGCCUCCUGGCCGACACGCUGGUGGAGGACUUCUUCGACCUGGCCGGCGUCAUGUCGCGCUACCUGCCGGACUUGAUGCCGCAAACCCUGGCCCAGCUGCUGCCAGCGGCGCUGGUCGCCCUGCGGCGGUAUCACAACUGCAGCUCCGCCAUCAAGGGGGUCCUCUAUUUUGUGGCCUGCGUCUUGAGCUCGGCCCAUGGGGCCACCUCCGGGUCCGAGGCUGGCAUCGAGCUCCGGCGCCUGCUCCGGGACCCGGCCCCGCCGGGGUCGGUGCCGGCUGGCCCGGCCCUGGCCCGGCCCCCCGGCCACCCGGCCGCCCCCCUGGGCGCCGAGGCCGUCAUCUGCAUGCUGGAGGGUGUUUGCCGGACUUUCCCCCGGCGGACCGGCAACCGCGAGGUUGUGGACAUCAUGGAGUACCUGCUGCAAUUGUUUGGCCCGCAGGAGCUUGUCAGUUGGGUGGCUACAUUUGUCGAGGGCCUGCCGCCCGGGGCGGUCACUGGCGAGGAGGCAGCCAUCUUCCUGGGCACCCUGGGCUCCGGCGCCCCAUCCAUCAAGGCCCCGCUGGUGGAUUUCAUCAAGCUGGUCCGCAUGCGGACCACAUAGUCGGCCAACGUGCCGCGGCAUGUGCCAGCUCGCCCUCCUCCUUCCACACAGCCCGGGGUGGGGGGGGGGGGGG